AUGCAAGCCAUCAAGUGUGUCGUAGUCGGCGAUGGAGCGGUUGGUAAAACAUGUUUACUCAUUAGUUAUACCAGCAAUGCAUUUCCUGGAGAAUACAUACCCACUGUAUUUGACAACUAUUCGGCCAAUGUUAUGGUUGAUGGGAAACCUAUAAACUUAGGAUUGUGGGAUACUGCUGGUCAAGAAGAUUAUGAUAGGCUUAGGCCUCUUUCAUAUCCACAAACGGAUGUGUUUCUUAUAUGUUUUUCACUAGUAAAUCCUGCAUCAUUUGAAAAUGUGCGGGCGAAGUGGUAUCCUGAAGUUCGACACCAUUGUCCAAGUACUCCAAUUAUUUUAGUUGGUACUAAACUUGAUUUACGAGAAGAUAAAGAAACAAUUGAUAAACUAAAAGAAAAAAAGUUAACUGCUAUUACAUAUCCACAGGGUUUAUCAAUGGCCAAAGAAAUUGGAGCAGUGAAAUACUUGGAAUGUAGUGCUUUGACUCAAAAAGGUCUAAAAAUUGUAUUUGAUGAAGCCAUUAGAGCAGUUUUAUGUCCUGUACUGCCAGUUAAGCCUAAACGUAAAUGCACAAUAAUUUAA